AUGGACAAUGACCUGGAGAUGCUACACCUCCUUGCCUUAGAAGAAGAGGAGGAUAUGGCAGAAGAUGAGGAUCAAAUUUACCGAGCUGCGCUAACUGGGGCUCUGAUUUAUCUAGGUGCAGCAGAAUCACGAAAACGGCGUGGUGCGAGACGACAGCGCUUAUACCUUGUGCGGAAUGAGCUUCUUCCAAAUCCACGUGUUGGGACACCCUGGCAGCGCUUACUGGACAGCCGAAGCGACCCCGCCUACAUCACCACCAUGGGAAUUGACGUCACCACGUUCACAUAUAUACUCGACUCUGGUUUCACUGAACACUGGAACGCUACACCCAUCCCACGCGCGGAUUGUCCAGGGACAGCCGUUCCACGCCUAAAUAGCCGUUCCCUCGACGCUGCCGGUGCCCUCGGAUUAAUUCUUCACUACCUUAACUCUACCAUGCGUGAAGUCAGCUUGAUGCAAAUCUUUGCGCUCAUCCCAAGCACUGUGUCCCGAUACAUCACCUUUACCCUCACCAUUCUCCUUUCUGUUCUUCGAGUUAUACCAGAGUCUGAGGUCCGAUGGCUUAUAGGAGAUGAAUUCCAGUCAAACAAUGACUUGAUCAUUGUACGACAUAAUCUGCUGACUGGUGCCUUCGGGAGCAUGGACGGGCUGAAUCUGGCAGUCCAAACAUCUACCAAUCAGGAGAUAGAGAAUGCGACAUUCAAUGGCUGGCUACAUGACCAUUUCGUGAGCUCCGUUUUGGCUUUUGGUGCAUCGGGAGUAAUUAUUGCAUGCAAGCUCAACGCACCUGGAAGCUGGCAUGACUCCCGAGUUGCCCGCCCCAUUUACGAGAAGCUACGUGCUGAAACCCCCGAGGGGUAUUAUCUUGUCACGGACACGGCAUUCCCAAGGGGAACCGAUCAAAUCAAAGGUAGAAUCAAAGCACCAAUGAAGGAUGGAACACGGCUCCCUGCAGACCCCGUUGCUAGAAAGGCUGCAAUGGCUUUUGACCGCCAACUAUUGUCUUAUCGACAGACAGCGGAGUGGGGUAUGCGAGCGGUUCAAGGUUCAUUUGGACGGCUGCGUGUCCCCCUUGAAAUUAACUUUGAGGCUCGACGUGGGGAUCUUCUCGAGACUGUGGUACGUCUCUACCAAAUCCGCACACGGCUUGUCGGCAUCAAUCAAAUACGUUCUGUUUACAUGCCCAUUUGGAGGGAGAACGAGCAGGAGCAGCUGUGGAGUCAUUUUGAGGACAUACUUUUCAGGGAUCAACGAAAAAUGGAUCGGGUAUCAAGAUUUCAUUGCAUAGAGGAGGAUACAUAG